CAAAAAGCCAUACGACGAAGAAAGAAGAGUCAAGUUCCACAUCACUCAUGACUCUGACACUUCACCAUUUGGAAGCUAAUCUUUUUGACCUGUCACAUCCUCAACAGACUUCCGCCAGCUUAAAUGACACCACUGUCAUCGGCCUCAUCAAGGAUGGUGACGAGUCUGCAUAUCGACAGGAAGCGGAGCGGCUGGAGCUGUGGUGCGGCCGACACAACCUGGAGCUGAACACGCUCAAGACUGUAGAGAUGAUCGUGGACUUCAGGAGGCAUCCUUCGCCACAGCUGCCCCUCACGUCCAGCUGCCUUGUGUCAACCGUCGAGACCUUCAUGUUCCUGGGAAUUACAAUCUCUCAGGACCUGAAUUGGGCGACCAACAUCAACUCCGUCCUCAAAAAGGCCCAGCAGAGGAUGUACUUCCUGCGGCUUCUGAGAAAGCACAGCCUGCCACCGGAGCUGCUGAGACAGUUCUACACAGCGGUCAUCGAAUCAGUCCUGUGUUCUUCCAUCACAGUCUGGUUUGGUGCUGCUACAAAAAAGGACAAACUCCGACUGCCACGGACAAUCAAAACUGCUGAAAGGAUUGUCGGUACUCCCCUAGCCACCAUUGAGGACUUGCACGCUGCCAGAGCUAAGACAAGGGCGUGCAAAAUCCUCUCGGACCCUCCCCACCCCGGUCACUAGCUCUUCCAGCUCCUUCCCUCAGGUAGGCGCUACCGAUCAAUGCAAACUAGAACUAGUAGACAUUCCAACAGCUUUUUCCUUCUUGCGAUCAACUUCUUAAACACCUAACCUACAAUUCCAUUACAACAUGCUGGCAAUUUUUUGACUUGAGUUCGUUGUCACAUUUCUGUGGGGCCAAUUAUGUAUUACUCGUGCACUCACUGUAGUUGUCUCGCCAUGCUGCACUAUUUGCAUAUACUGGCCACUCAUGCCAGAGUAGCAUCUGCUCCAUUUGCACACUAAUUGAGGAGUAUCUGUAACAUUUGCACAACCAACAUUGUCCCAGAUUAUCGCACUACUCGUCACUUUAAACCGCAUACACUCCUUGAAGUCUCAGCGCCCUUUGCACAAUGGUCAUUGCACCGGACUAUUGGAAUAUUAGUCAUUCGAACUGCUCUAAGUGCUAGAGGACUCUGCAUCUUUUUGCACAAUUGUCAAAAAAAUAAAAAAUAAAUGUACCGGCAUUACCAGAUAACUAGCAACCCUUUACUGCUCAGUGACUGUUUUUUUUUUUGUAAAUGUCUUUAUGUCUCCAAAGUGUUCUGUAAAUUGACUGUCUGUUGUCGUACUAGAGCGGCUCCAACUACCGGAGACAAAUUCCUUGUGUGUUUUGGACAUACUUGGCAAAUAAAUAUGAUUCUGAUUCUGAUUCUGAAACACAGCGAGAGAGUUACAGUUUUUUUUAAAUUCUGUUUCAUAAUUGUAUCAUAGAGAAACGCCACUAACCGAGACACAGCUUUGUUUUAUAUUUGCUCUUGUCUUGAAUUUUUUAGACAUUUACGCCC